GUCACCUCGUGCCCGCCGUCACGUGACCCACCUUGAACCACAUGAAGCCUCCUCCUGUGAUUUUCUGUCAUUCUGUUUGUGUCUGAGCGUGGACAGCCUUUGAUGUUUCCGUCACGGGCUGAGAACGUCAGGUGGGAGGUGUGACAGCACGUGACAGCCGCGGCACACUUCUGAACACAGAGAGGAGGAGGAGGAGGAGGAGGAGGAGGAGGAAGUGCAGGAGGUGUCACAGACAGGACGCUGUCUGUAGUCUGACUUUAUGACUUUAUUGCAGCAGACUGUGGGAAAGUCUCAGGUGUGAGGAGUCCACGCGGACCGGAGCUCCACUCAGGAGUAUAAAUAAGCCUGACACGAGGACCCGAGACAACAGAGAACCGCUGAGACUGAGACUGAACGAUGGCUCCUGUGACCCAGAGCAGACCUGAAGAGAAACCUGUGGACCCCAACAGCUCCAACAAGCUGCGCAAGCUCAUGGCAGAGAAGGUGCGGAGGGACCGGAUCAAUCAAAGCAUCGAGCAGCUCAGAGCGCUCCUGAACCCGGCGUCCCCUCCCGGUGCUCAGACCCCCUCCCGGCUAGAGAAGGCGGACAUCCUGGAGCUGGCGGUGGGCCUCCUGAGGCGGCGCGCUCUGGCCCGCGUGGCCCCCAGCUACUCCCAGGGCUUCUCCCAGUGUCUGCAGGAGACCCUACGCCACCUGUCGCUCCACGCGCCGCUGCAGCCCGCAGAGAGGGAGGAGAUCAAGCGCUUCUACGUCCUGCAGAGAGCCGCGCUGCAGCGGCACGUGUGCGGGGAGCAGAGGCGGCGGAGCUUGGCGCGGAAGCGGUCAUCCUCGCGCUCCUCCGCGCGGAGUCACAGCGCUCUGUGGAGGCCAUGGUAGCUCGGACAUCUCUGAUCCAUGUUCAUAUUCUUAUUCUAAAGACAAGCUUACAAGAUGCACGCGCACCGUGGUGGACACGCGCCUCUAUGCCGCAGUGACGCACAUUGUGCGCGUGAGUGUGGAGCUGUGAAGUGUUAAGUUGUGCAACAUUUGCACAUGUUUCUAACGUGUCAUUAGUUUCUACUGUGUAGACAAACCGAGAGAACUCAGGCCUUCUGUGAAGGCUGCACGUGCUUCUCCAACUGUGUUAUUGAUCUGUUUUAUCGUGACGUCCUCGAUUCAAUAAAUAUUAUACAUAUUUUUAA